UAAACUCAGCCUUACAAUCCAUGGAGAAUCAGCCAUGAUUUAAGGAACGAAAUAUCCACUUUAGGCACGAAUAAUUCCUUCUAGAAUCAUUAUAUUUUCUUAGUUCUUGAGCUUAAUCUAUAUUCAACGAUAUACAAGAUGACAGACAAGAAAGACCUUGGCAAAACUGAUCAAGAAAUGGAGUCUUCCUCUGCAGCGCCAACAGAGCUUCCUCCUUCAUAUGACAUCACUCUAUCUCAAUCUCAGUCUCUACAACAAGAUCAAUUACAGACCACAGAAGACUUUCCUACUCUUAUUCUUGAUGGCACCAAGAUCUACUCCUUAUACGCGCCCAAUCGCAUCCUCUAUCAACUUAGCAAUGCACCAUACGAAGCCACUCGGAAAAUCUAUGCCAUUGAGAAACUACGAUACCGCAUUACGAACGCCGACUCUGAACAAAGGCUAAAGUACACUGUCGACCAUAUAUACGACUUCAGGCACGGCAUCUCGAUAGAAGCAUACAAACAAAUCACCAUCCUCGGACAAACAAGUCGGAAGCGUACUUAUCCCAACAUGAUCAUGCACCGAUGUCUCAAUGGCUGCCAUACGAUCUGCCCAGGUGGCCAGGUGAAGCUCACCCCAGAUUAUGUGCUCAAAGCAGAUUCCCCUCUGAAAGAUCGGCUCAAUCAAGGGAAGAACAACACAGCCAUAUGGAAAGACGAGAAGGGAGAGGUCGUUGCCGUCGAGACGAAGCUCCAGCGUGAUGAGAAUGGUAACAUACAAGAGCUCCCGAGACUUGCUAUCAAGGCUAGGAUUGAAGAGAAGCUGUAUGAUCUGCUGGUCACGUCUUGGUGUGCACAUGUUUGGAAGGAUGCUCAAAAGGAUUUGAAAGAGCCAAUGAGUUGGGAUAAAUUCAAACGGAUUGCGUCGACCGUGCCUAAUAAAACAGGAGGUAUAUACGGCGGUGCUGGAUUAGGCUACAACUUCUAAUUUGUCUGAAAUGCCUUCAUCAAAGAUGUGAUAAUGUGACAGCGAGAUUACACAAUACGAAAACCCUUCGAUUAAAUCAUUGAGUGUCCUUUUGCCUGUGAUUUUGUCCGAACGAUUCUUAUCCGUGAGGUGC